UCUGAACUUAUAAAUAGCGGUUAGCGUAAGUCGCACAUUUUCAGGGGCACAUUUGUAAUUCUCAAUUCUCCAUCGCCGUUUGUGACUCUGCCAGGCUCUUCAAGCUUCCAGCAAUCACCAGAGAUCUCCGAUAUGGAUGGGUAUGAUGCAGAUGAUCCGAAACAGAGUGCAGCUGAUAUGACAGUAUUUGUUCAAAAUCUUCUGCAGCAAAUGCAAUCUAGGUUCCAGACAAUGUCCGACUCCAUCAUUUCUAAGAUUGAUGAGAUGGGAAGUCGGAUAGAUGAGUUGGAGCAGAGCAUCAAUGAUCUGAGGGCUGAGAUGGGGCAAGAGGGGUUGCCUUCUCCAUCGAAGCCCAAAGAAGACUCCCCCCAAGAUAGGUGACGCUUCUGCAUAGUGUAUUUUAAAUCAUGCUGUUUUGAUCACGGUGGUAGUUUUCUCUUAGCAGUUUCAGUUCACUUGUGAUUCUUGAAUAUUGGGGUUUUGUUAUUUUGGAAUGGUAUGAAUGCCAAUGGGGCCUGUAACUGAGCAACGGCCGAAGCAUUUUCUACUUCUAUACAGAAUAUGUUUUAUCCUCUGCCUUCAUUUUUAUUCUAUUUG